ACGCCUCGCUGCCGGAGAAGGAAAGCAACGGCAAGUGCGAGGGAAAGCGCGAAUGUGAGGCGGACUGGCUGCGAAAGGGAGAGAGCCGAUGAGAGAUUUUUUUGUUGGGUGUCACACAAGACUCACGCACACUGUCACACAAAAACCAAGAUGGCCACCGUUGUUCGCUCUUCCUCGUCGUCGAUCGUCGUAACAAAAAACGGAAAAUAGUGCAAAAAUCUGGAUAAAUUUCGGGAUUUUUUUAGUGCGAUUGCGGAGUUGAAGUGCUGGGGCAGUGCUUGUGCUAGGAGAUUACGGUUCGGGGCCCAAGAAUAGGACAUAAAUUGUGGCCCAAAAGUUUGUGGUGUGGAAAAUUGGUUGUCUUUUUUGUAUGUGCUGUGGUCGAAAAAGGGGAGAAGUUGCAGCAGCAGCAGCACGAAAGGAAAAGUGAAACUCAGCGCAGAGUGUCUUCCUGCUGGUAUCGAUUUGUGUUUGUUUUAAUUUUUCUUCCUCUUCGGGAGGAUUUGGGCUUCAGUGGGGAUCGAAAAUUUGCGGAAAAGUGGUUUUUGCUGACGGGGAAUAGUGUUGAAAUAGUGACACGGGAACGGGAUUACUCCGGCAGCCAUGAGCUGAACUUGUUGGAUGUCCCACUUCGCGAGAGAAGAGGAGCCACUUGAACGGGGAACCACUAACAGCAAGAGCAGCAGCAGUAGCACCGCACACGGAAAAUGACGAAGCUGGUUCAUCAGCAUUCGUCAUCGUCGGGUGCUGCUGAUCAGCCUCUUCCGGAAGUAUCGGAACAGUGCGGUGACGAUCAAGAAGGACAAUCGCCACAGGCCAGUUCCACACCUUCGAAGGGGUCAUCGACGACGCCAACCUCAAAACAGCGACACCAAGCGUCUUCGUCGAACCGGAGAACAUCAACACGGUUGACAUCAAUCCGAAAUGACAGCUUUUCAUCGGCAUCCUCAUCGUCUUCGUCGUCGUCGUUGUCGUCGGCGGCAGAUUUGGAAUCUGGGCCGGAUGUCAAGCCGCUGCCGUCCGGUGAGGACUGCUUCAAAGUGCCAUCAGUUGCUCCAGGAACGCCCUGCGAGGAACAUCAGGAGCCGGCUGGGGUCAUUUGCCGACUGCCCCUGGAUCGACUGCAGGCUAUUCUAGGUGCGCUGAAUAUUUUGAAAAGUCCGGCCGAUAGUGAAUCCGGGACCAGCACCAGUCCCAGUCCGACGUACAAGCUGCUCUGUCUGUACUGCGAUCGCACGUUCGCCAGUCAAACGUUGAUGGCCAAACACACGGAUCGGGUCCAUCGGAUACCGAAAGAUCGCCGCAGCAGUAGCCGCGUGGUGCCAACGAUCAACGAUGGAGCAUUUCCCAGCUGCAGCUAUUGUAAUAAGGGAAAAGUUCUUAAUCCCGCCUCGGAAGAUCUCUCUCAGCUGUUCAAACACUUGGUCGAUCAACAUUCCGAUCGGUACUUUGCCUGUGAAGCAUGUGCAGUUCGAUUCCCAACCGACGAAUCACGGGAUGCUCAUAUGGAAGCAACGCACCAACCUCCGACCGCAAGCACUCCGGAAACUCGUACCAGGCCCAAAUCGAAAGCGGCCCUGAAAAGCUUCAAUCUCAACAAGUCGAUCAUCAAUAGCUGCGACAUCAUCACUACACCCCUCACGGUUCAGGUCGAUUUCGACACGGAAGCCAUCAAGAAUCUCACAAUCGAAAACGCCGAUGCCGUAGAUUCACUUUCCGCAGCCUUGGGCAUGGCCGGAAACAGUAGUUCUUCCACUAGGCUUCGGAGCUCGGGAAGAACCUCGGCCCGGUCCGGAACGUCGGCUCCGCCGGGAUCUGAUAAAUCAAAAGUGUUCAAAAAAUCCGACAAAAUGCUGAUGCGCUCCUCGGGACCCACGCUUUCCCGGCUUGGAAUCGCCCAGCACCGAACGCCUCGGCAAGGCCGCCGUGCCGCCAGCGCUAAAAAUCGACGGAAAAUCACCACCGACAGCGCUAGCUGUUCAUCUUCCCUCUCCGGAACGUCAUCUUCCCAGCCGGACAAUCACUACAACAAAAUCACAAAACUGAAAACCAUCCGCUCGACACUGAACAACCCCAGCGGAACAUCGGAGACUGACUUUGUGGUCUCUCGCGGGGGUAAAAACGACAUUGUGAGCACCUACGAUGAGGACUUCUACGAAACCGUCAACGCCAACGUCCGCCAAAACUUGCGCUGCCAUCUGGACGGUAAACUGGAAGCUUCCGACCCGAACGCUCCGUCGCCAAUCAGUCCGGUUCCGGCGGCAAUUCCCGCCAUCCGAUCCACCGUGGUUAAAAGCCCACACCAAAACGAAAGCAAAAUCCACGAAGCCACAAACCUGCCGGCGAUGACCGUUUUUCCCACGCUGCUCACUAUCGAGCAAUUUGGAACCGAUCUGCUGCCAUUGACCAAAAUGAAAAAGAAACCCAUCACCAAAAAUUCCUGGAAGUGGAAAUGGGACUUUGUCAAGAAGUACAAGUACGUGAACGAGAAUGGCAAAAUCGUCAAGAAGAUUAAACAACCCACCCUCGGGCUGCGAGACCUAUCCAAGCUGGAUAUGUGGACCCAGCUGACGAUGCGAACCAAGCACGAAGUGAUAAGAAACUGUCGGAAUCUAUGCGAUCCCGGAAGUUACAUCUCGGCGGUUGGCGAUUCCCUUCGGCAGGAACAACGAAAACAGGUGGAAGAACUGAAUCACAUCCUGGACUCUCGCCUCCUGCCGCAGAUUAAUCUUGAACAGCACGAUCAAAGUAUUAUCAAACUCGAGGCCGUGGAACCGCUCGAGGAAGGCGCGGAGUACUCCGACCAGUAUUCGGAACAACAAGAAUCCAACACAAUCGAUGAAGACUUCAUUUCCGGUUUGCAGUUGCUCCGGCUAGCAGACACCAACCGGCGCCAGCAAGUGGUCCUCAGUGGCGAGUGGGCUCGGCCCCGAUGCUACAUAUGCUACUGCUGCGGCGACAAGUUUAACUCGCUCAAACAGAUGGAAGAGCACAAAACCUUCCGACAUCCGUACGUCUACUCCACCUACUACGAAAUCGUCGGUCGAGAACUCAUCGAGAAGCAGCUGUUCAAGCACUUCUUCAUCCCACUCUCGGCACUCACCAUGCACCGGAUCCACUAUUCGCGCCUAUCAUCCUACCCGGCCGGUUUCGAUCGACACCGGUUUCCCCCGAUUCGGCAACCAUCCUCCGAGUCGACGGCCACCAUCACCGAGAUCAAAAGCGAAGAUUCCUCCUCGAACGAGGCCACCUCGUUCUCAACGUCCACAGCUUCCUCUUCGUCGCUCAUGUCCGUAUCGGUCAACACGGCCAGCAGCAGCACUUCCUCCAUGUCGUCCCGGUCGGCCCUGGAUGCACUGCUUGCAGCCGGCGACGACUUCACCACGUCCUUCACCAAUUAUCCGCCGGAGUCGAGCCCGGCGCGAUGUUCCAAGUGCAGCAAAGAGUGCGUCAACACCCUCGUUCUCUACGCCCAUAUCCUCAACUGCACCAACGACUACAUCUGGCUGCAGGCCAAGAAGCGGAUGAAGUAUCGCCGGGCCAAUCGGCGCCGCAAGGGAUGCAACCGGGCGGCACUGGCAGCUCGCAAAGCACAGCACGCUAGUGCGCAAGCGAGUGGCGGUGCGGUGGAAAAAUCCGAAACGGCUAGCAAUCACUCCGGCGGGGAUGCCGACAGUAGCAGCAGCAGCAGCUCCGACGCCAAAAAGAAACCGAAGUCUCCGCCGCGACCGAAGGAGAAGGACAGUGACAUCGUCAGACGACUGACCGCGAAUCUCCCCGCCAAGCGAAUAUCCCGUCAGAUACUGCAGGUGCCCAAGCAAAUCCGGAAGCGACCACAGCAAAUCGGCCUCGUCAAAGGUGGUGGUAAGAAACAGGUAGUGUCCACUUUGGCGCCCUCGAAGGCCGGUGUGCCUCGUGGCGCUACUGCUAUGGCGUUGAGCAAGUUACGAAGCGGUAAGAUUGCUGUAAUGCCUAGCUCUAUUAAGAAACUUCCGGUUAAGAUUAAGCCUAAACCUAAACCAGUAGUGAAAGAGGAAGUCACAGUUGAUGUGGAAAGUGAUGGUAAAAAGAAUGAAAAAAUCAAAGAAGAGAAGGAAGAAGAUACCAAAGAAGAGCAUGAACAGAAAGAGGGGGACGUGGGGGAAAAGAAAGAAGACAAACUUAAAGAGCAGAAAGCGUCCAUCGUAAAAAAGAAGAUGGUGGUUCCACGCGGGAGGAUUCUCCCGGUUCGGGGUAAUGCUUUUGUGAAUCGAACACAGUGGAAGGGAAAGAAGGUUCUUCCAUUCCGCAAGGGAGGAUUGUCUGGCAAUGGUCGAACGUUGCGGAGUGGUAUUGUCAAAGUAUCGCCCACCGUCGGUGCUAGGAAGAUCAAGGCGAAGAGCGUUACGCCGACUAAGAAGGAAGUGACUGAGAAGGAUAACAAGGAGAAAGAACCUAGCUCACCUGCGAAUGUGAAGAAGAACAGCCCCAAGAGAAAGGGAAGCAAAAGUCCGAUGGAGGUGCCUGGCAAGGAGGUGAAAUCUGAUCUCGGAGAGGUAUGUGAGAAACGAGAUGAGCAAAAGGAAGAAGAUACUGAAAAAAUGGAAGAAGUUGGCAGUAAAAAUCCUGAAGGAAUCGUUGAAGAAGGUCAAGGUAAGAAUGAUGAAGGAAUCGAAGAAAAGGGUAACCCUGUUGAUAAAGAAGUGCCUAUAGAAAGUUCAAACGAUGCAGGAUCACACAUCGUUGAAGAAGAACCUCAUGAACCGGUUGAAGAAAGGUCACCUUUGAAGGAAGUGGAGCUAAUGAAAGAUAACGUAAUGACUCCUAAAGCAUCACAGACGUUGUCAGAAGAGUCUCCUAAUCAAUCAAUAGUCUCUCAGCCGAUAACUCCAGUUAAGUCACCUUCGUUAAACUCACAAUCCGCUUCGACUCCUACAACACCAUCUUGUGGUGUUGGCAAUCAACAGUCGAACAAGCGAAAGCAGAAAAAGUUAAACGACUGCAUAGCGAUGCUGACCAGUAAGCUCUCAGAGAAAAUUGGGGUGGAUUUCUUCAAUCAGGCCAUUGCCAAAACUGUUGGACCGAAAACUACGGCUCCAUCCGUCGAAACGCGCGCUUCUUCUAAACAGUUAUUGCUUCCGAUCAAUAAUCUGGUGCCAUUGCAUCCUCCGACGAUUACUGCAAUGCCCUUGCAGAUAACUCCACCUCAGUCGGCACCACUGCCACUAGUAAUGAACAAUCGGCGUUCGUCGGUAUCUUCACAACCUCCUGCUAUGCUCUCUCCGGUGUCACCAAUCGUAACGCCAAUGGAAGAAAUUUCCGAUGAACCACUAAAUCUGUCGAAGAACAGUCCAAUAGGACGAAGUGCUCCUCCACGAUCAAGGGAUGUAUACCAGAAGCCACCUCAGCAUUUAUCACCGCCACCUCCAUCGCCAACGGCUUUGCAUUCGCCACACCAGCACCCUGGUUUGUUGCGGCUUCCUUCACCGCAGCCACAGCAUCACCAGCAUCAGUCCUCACAACAGCCGGGACCAUCGACGCCGAAUCGGAACCUUCCAUCCAUCAAGCUUCCACCAGGGUUGAUUAUCGAACGCGUCGAAUACAAGUCCCGACCCGUCAUAUCUAAGGAAGCUCCAUCGGUAACAAUCGUAGCCCGUCGUCAACCGCCUCCAUCGAUGGAUGGUCGCUCUACAAUGCAAUCAACUCCUACGGAACCGCCGCUGCCGCCUUCUCCGCAGCCAAUGACCAGACGGCAAUCCAUCCAUCAGCAACAACUCUACGGUGAUCCGAGAAAAAUCACACCGCCUAUGCAUCCACAACAACAACAACAACAACAGCAGCAACAGCAAUUACCAUCUCCGAAACAACCGCAGCAAAUUCAGCCUCAAUCCGCUCCUCCGCCAACACCUUCGAUAGCUUCCACUCUGCGUCAGGAACGACCUCUAGAGAAUCGUAUAUCCGUUACCAUAACUGAAGCCAACAAAGACCGACACCACAGUCCGGUCGCCAAGCAGCCUCCAAUCACGCUUAAUAUUCCCGAACGUUUGCCCGUCAUCGAUAGGGCUCCUCCAACUUCGGUGAUGAAUCCUACACCUCUCAUUAUUCCCUCUGUACCAAUCCCUGUAUCAACUCAGUCGUCCGGCAGUGGUAGCAGUAAGCGUAGCAGACGCAAAAGUGUUUUCGUUGCUCCCACUCCGGUCAGUGAAAGUCCUCCAGCACCGGUGGCUCAGUUGGCUCCGGUUCCACCGGCACCCGUCGUAGGACCUCCAUUUCUUCCGGGUCCGUUCCCAUUGUUCCCACAUUCCCUAUUGGCCGGUCCACCCCUCGGUCUCGACCUUCAACGGCUGGCCGCUGUUGGUCUCCCUCCUCAUCUGAAACCUCCAGCUAUACCUCCUCUAACAGUUCCGGCGCCACCGGCACCUGCUGCUGCUGCUGCCGCUGCUUUCCUUGAGAAAAUCUUCCUCCCAAAUCGAGACGUUAUAGUCAAACAAAUAGAAAGCGCCGCCGCGGCAGCCGCUGCUGCUGCUGCUGCCCAAUCUGUACCACCAGUUCCAAUUUCACCCUCUAAAAGUGCUCCCGAAGUGGCUCCUUCGUUACAACUACAGCCACCGAAAGAAGUUACCCCGUCAACCACUCCGGCGCCGGUCGAGAAGAAAAGCCGUUCCCGAGCCAGGAGCUCCAAAGCGAAGACACAAAGUGUCAUUGUAUCGUCUUCCAAUGCAACUCCACUAGUGCUUCCGGGACCAGAAGUUCUUCCAUCACAAGCACUCCCAGUCGAAGUCCCACAACCGAAGACCUCUGUUCCCGUAGAAUCACUAUUGAUACCAGCUCCUGUGCCAAUCGAACAACCACAAAUUGAUCCUCCUCUAGAACCCGCACCCUCUAAAAAGAAAACCCCGCCCAGGAAGGAAUCGACCCCAAAACCUACGGAAAAAUUGGAUUCAAGUACAAUACCAAUCGAACCUUCCGCAGUCGAUAGUCAGAUCGACCCCAAGUCGCAAGACCACGAACUAGAAGCGGAAGAACCCUCGAAAUCCUCGCAAACGCCCACUCCGGCCGGUAAUAGUUCUGCAAAAACAGUUCGCAAGCGACGGAAGAAUGAGCUGGCUGCCAUCCUAUCCGAUCAGCUACUGGAAAGCUUCAAAGAGGUAGACCAAAAUGCUCUUCAAGAUCUCAAAAUGAUGCAUGACAUGUCAUGCGAAAAGCCAGACAUUAAGUUUUCGCUCGAACAGAUUCCGCAGCUGGCGAAACGUAAGGUCAACAUCCGUCAUCCGGAUCUCCUCACGCCGGCCACACGACAGUCUCCAGUGGCCGUUGGAAAGAAAACGCCGGUCAAGAAAGUGACCAAGGAUCAAUCGGGAAAAGAUCAGACGACUGAUGAAGUUCAAGAAGAUGAAAAACCUAAUGAAAACGACGAAACGAAAGAAGUUGAAGCUGCAGAGAAAGAGGAAAGCGCGCAGAACAUUCCUACAGACGAAACAGAUAAGGUAGAACACCGUCCGGAACCUGUGAUCGAGGAUAUUUCGAAACCAACGUCGAAGAAGAAUGCGAAAAAGGCAUCAGAAAAGCUUUCCAAGAAGGUAGAAGAUAAAGAUGCGAAGCAAGUGGAAGUGCAGCAAGAAAAACCGGGCACACCUGCAGUGCAACCGGCGAAAAAGGCACCUCCGAAUCGACGUACUCGGAAACUGUCCAUCGAUAUAGAGCGAAUAGCCGGGUUGGACAGAAAAGGACGCCAGAAUUUAAAAGCGAAGUAUUCGAAGGAACUGGAGAGUUUGGAUAUUGCUGAACGACUAAAUGAAUCUCCUGUACAGAAGAAAACUAAGGGUAAGGCAAGUAAGAAAGGGGAAAUUGUUCAAACAGACGGUGAAGUUGCGAAAAAGGAAGAUGAGAAAAUUGCUGAAGCGGAUAAGCAACCUGAGAAAUCCGUUCAGCCAUCGGUUGAAGAAGCUGUACCAGCGAGCUCGAAGAAGAAAUCUCCUCCGAAAUCCCGGUCGAAAACGCCGUUUCCAUUUCCAAAAGAAGGCCCUGUGGAGAAAACUGAUCUGGAUCGCUUGAAGGAAUCGUUGAACAUUGAAACAGCUACUAAGAAAUCUGCAACGUCAAAAAAGAAGCAACUAGUGCCUGUCCAAGACCCGCAAAAUGUAGAAGCUGAGCUGGCGAGUCCGACACCAGAGCCGACCACUCAGAAAAAAUCAAGCAAACGCAAAAGUGGAAAAGCGGACAAGGACGAAGCUGCUGUUGAGCCCGAAAAUGUUUCAAACAAGAAAAAGAAGGAGACUUCUGAGGAAUCAGAGUUCGUACAAGCAAAAGUUGAGUCACCACCUAAAAGUGCAACAGUCAAGACUUCUGCGAAGCGAACCAAGACUCCUGCGCCCGUGGAAGAAUCACCUCAGAAGAGUCCAGCGAAGCAACGUAAAACACCUGCCCCCAUGGAAGAAUCGCCCCCGAAAAGUCCUGCGAAACACUCCAAGACUUCUACUGUUGUGCAAGAACAACGGCCCAAGAGUCCUGACAAACAGAACAAGGCUCCUGUGGAAGAAACUUUAAUUAAGACUCCAACGAAAAGGUCUAAAACACCUGCACCAAAGGAAGAGAUAGUAGUCAAGUCUCCUGCAAAGCGAUCCAAGACACCUGCUCCUGCAGAGGAAAAACCAAGAUCUCCAUCGCCUGUGAUUACCCCCAAGAAAGCCAAGACGCCCACCCCUCCCAAGCGCAUAAUGGCGCGCCGAUCGUCGGUGUUUGUCGAUCGAAACUUGGCGCAGUACUUGGAAGAAAGAGAUGCCGAACAAGAGCUUCUUUCGCACAGUUCAUUCAAGGAUGAUCUCAUUCUCACUUCGCGUCGAGGCACACGCAGUCAGGGAACUGUCCAUUUGGAGCUGGUGCAAAGCUUUGCCGAAGCUGCCAUGAAGCCUCGGGAUCCUCGGAGACGGUCUGCCGCGGCCGUUGCUGCUGCAGCCGCAUCAGCAAAACGUGCCGAAGAGGAACGUAAAGCAGCCGAAGAAGAAAGAAAGCGGAUGGAAGAGGCAAACAGACGAAGAUGGGAAGAAGAGAAACGAAAAUACGAGGAAGAGGAAGAGAGGAAAAAGCGUGAAGCUGAACAAGCCAAGCCUGCACCUGUAUUACGAAGGAUAAGUGCACGGAGAGCUUCGCUGUUCAUUGCGCCACCUGUUGAGAUCGAGGAACCCAAGGUACCGGAAGAAAACAUCGCAGAAAUCAGCAAAGCUACCAAACGGCAGUACCGGCGAAGAGCAUCGGUCUACCAACCCAUGUCUUUCUUGGACGAAGAGGAACAGAUGGAGAAACAGAAGCAAGAAGAGCAAAAGGCCAAAACGCAGUCGCGAUCGAAAACACCCGGACCAGGAGGGGUGUGGGAUCAAGAUAUUAAAACGGUCGGCAGAAGACGAAACCAGAGUGUAUUUAAUGGAACUCCUGAACCAACUAUUGAGUCACUGUUGGAGCCACUAUCUUUGCCGACCAGUGGUACGAAAAGGAGAACCAAGAACAGUCAAUUGGCAGAGAACCUGUCUAAGUUGUUCAACAUUGAAGAGGAAAUUCAGAUGAUCGACCGAAGUAAACGCAAGCCUCGGAAAUCGAACACUCCGGUGGCGUUUGAAUCGCCUGCCUCUGUUCUUGUGAGCUCGACGCCGGUUAAGGAAGCUAAGGAUAGUCCGGUGGCACCCAAGGAGUCACCAAUCGUCGUAGAACCGAAGAAGAUAGAUGAGUUGGUUAAAGUUGUGGAGAAGGAAGUAGCCAAGGCUAGCAUAGCACCGAAGCCGAGAGAGUCACUUUCGUUUUCCAACGAUGAUGAAGACGAUACUCCGAAGCUGAACAAACUGGUCGAAGACAUUAUCAACAAGUCGGAGUCGGAAUCGGACUCCGAUGACGACAAUAUGUCCCUGGCAUGUUUCGUACGACGAGAGGAAAGUUUCCUGAAACCAAACCAACAUCAGUCGCAAGAAUCGUUGGAGGAAAAUGCAGAAGAUGAAAGUAACAGUGCAAUGGAUGACGACAUGAGCGUCACAACGGAAGUGACAACAUUUGGAGGUAGUAUACGGAAACGUAAGCGACGAAAGUCGAUUUGUGUGACAAAGUCUCGCCGACCUAAACCGCCUGUUGACGAUAGCAAGCCUGUCGUCACGUUCAACUGUGAUUUGUGCAAGAAGGUGUUCAAAAAGCAAGACGCCUUCAACAAGCAUCGCAUGACACUAUCCCAUAUAGCCAAGCUAUCGGAACAGGAAUAUCUGGAAGCACAACAAAAGGAACGCAACGCAGCAGCUACAACGGCGCCCAUUUCAGAGCGUGUGCAAGCACAAGCUGCAGCUCAUCCAAAUACCGGGGCAUCGCCACCGAAGGAGUUCGACAAGGAUGGCCCAAUGAAAGUGCUUAGCCAAGAAGAAAAGCUAUUCUACGAGUGCUGCUCAAUGCUCAAGGAAUCCAACGCGGACAACGAAAAUUUGAACCUCACCGUUUCACUAAAGUCCGAUGAAAUGGCCCCGGGAAUAGUGUGUGAGCAAAUACCAACUGCGAAAGCAAGCGUCGCCUUCCCGAAUCCCUUUUCUGGUAUUCCGGAGCAAGAUAAAGCCUCGGACGGCUGUUUCAAUAUGGGCGACAGUUUUCCCUCGUUCCAAGAUGUCAGUGAAAGCGAAAACUAUAUCCAAACCAUAAAUCAACGUUACGCAGAUAAGAACCUGGCCGAUCCGUUCACCAAACUGAGUGCCGCGGACAUAACUCAGCAAGCGGAAAAUGACGGCAAUCUUUCACCGCAGAACUCCACAAAAUCGACCAGUUCACAGGCGUCGGUGUUUUCACAGAAAACCAUCAAAACCAAGGGUGCUUUAAAAGGGUAUGACAACUUCAAGGUUUCUAUACCGGUGGCUGGCACCAUGCAGACUUCCAAAGAAUCUAAACUGGACACACUGGCUGACGUGGCCCUAUGUGGCGAUAUUCCACAAGUGUUCGACUUCAAGGAUAGCGAGGAAGAGAAGGAAGCGGAAUUGUCGGGGCGAAUACCGGAAGUAUCGACCUCUACUCCACAGAAAGCAACCAAAGGCGAGGGUUCUCCUAAAAAUGGGCUUCAAGCCAGCGGGAAAAGAACACCAGCUAAGAAGGAACCAGCUGGCAACAAACUUGGUUUCCGAGCCAAGAAAAAGGGUAAUGCUACUCCAACUGCCAGUACAUCCCGAAGAUCGACGGCCCGCGGAAAGAAAGCAGCGGUCACACCUGUUGCGAAAACUGCAGCUUCAAACAGCAAAACCGAUCCUGAUGACGUGUAUGCCUUUCAAGACUCACCCCCGGAAGAAGCGGAAACUCUUCUGUCCUAUUCGUCGAAGAAAACUGCUGCGAGUACUUCGUCGCCCGCUACUGUUGGCAAGUCGACCGCUACGGAGGCAGCUGCGCAAUCAGCAGCAGCGGAUCAAGGCGAAGACAGCCAGCUCUCUAGUUUGAGCUUUUCCGACAGGGAUGACUUCGUGUACGGUACCAACACACUCAGUGAGGAAGAUGAAGACGACAAGAGUAGUAGUUACAGCAGUUCGCAAACGACGCCGAAGAAACCUGUCAAGGCGGAUGUACAGAAGAAAAGCCUUAUCAUGGGACGUAUUUUCAAGAAGACUAAGGAUAAACCAAAAGACGAAGUUGGGCCUAAGAAGGCGACAGCUGCAACAGCCGAUCAGGCCAAACCAGUCGCCAAGGACUUUGAUAAAUUGUUCGAUACCCUCAAAAAGUCUGAAGCGGAAGAAAACCCUGACAAGGGUGGCUCCUCCACUGAGGCGGAACAGUCUUCGGAAACCAUAGAUCCCAAACUACUGGAAGAAGACGAUGAUGAUGAGAAGGGUAAUCGCAACCUGCGGCGUAGGAGUACGCAGAAGAAACUGACUGAAACGUGGGACUCGGAUGAAUACGAAGACUUCAACCUGAAAAAUGUUGUAGAUUUGAUCGAGAAGAAGGAUGGCAGAGUGGUGCUGAAGAAACCUCAGAAAGAUGCGAGUGUUACAGAGGACGACAAAGACACGUCGAAAUCAUCAGAAGACAAAUUGGACGAAUCGCCUUUGAAGAUUGUAAAUCCACCGUCCAAAGAGACGGCGGCAACGAAGGGCAAAGGGGUUCCGGAAAAGAAACCAGUAGUAACGGACGAGACAAUUCGACAGGUGAUGGAAAGCGUUAUUAUGGAAGUGACAAUGAAUAAGAAUAAUCGAGCGAGAGACAACAAGCGUCGUGGUAAGGCACGGCCAAGCAAACCAGCUUCAUCGGAUUCUUCGCGCGAGGAUGAAAACCUGUUGGAGAAGGAUUCCAGUUCAGAGAAUAUAAGUUCUUUAGACGAGCACGUACUGGAAUCGAGCGUAAUGAUCUCUUCGAGAACGAUCACCACAAAGUUCAAGCAGAAGCUCAACUCCACACAAACCGGAAAGCAGAAAGAAGAGACAAAAGGUCCGAAACAAACAGCGCAACAGGAUAAACCACCUCAGGAAGAGACGAAGAAGCCGACAACUGCAAAAACCGUUAACAAUAACAACAAUCAAAACCAAAAGACUAAAGUGACAGCGAAAGCAGCAAAGGAACAGCGAAAGGAAACACCGGAAGCCAAGAGCAACGCCAACAAUGCAAAACUAAAGCAACGAAAAGGUCCACCGAAGAAGAUGAAAAAUGUGGCCUACGAUCCGGAUAGCGACUUUGAGGACAAUAUCAAAUGCAAGAAGGUAAAGAAGAAACUGCUGGAAAGUGACAUCGAAGCCAACCUGAAAAUCGAACAGCUGAAUGCACAGUUGAGUGAUAGCAUCCUGAUGCCGGCGCCUCGACGGAAGCGGAAUGCCGCCGAGACGUUGUACUUCUGGUCGUCGUCCAGCGAGGAAGAUGAUGUGGAGGAAGACUUUGUGGAAGUGUCCAGCAAGGGUGGCGGCGCAAGCAACAAGAAGAAGAAAGCGGGAGCGAGUAAAACGAAGCCGUCGCCAGGGCAGCAAACGAAGGCUCAGCAGAAGGCGCAACAAAAGCAGAAGCAGCAGCAAUCGCAACAACAACAGCAACUGCAGCAGAAACAGCUCGACGCACAGUCCGCGAUGGAGGCUGGAGAUGACACGAGCAGCAGUAGCGAGCACAUGCAACAGCACGGCUGGAUCGUUGGUGACUCGCACAAGAAACUGGUGACGCUGUUGGCCCACGCCAAGGGGAAGCAGGAUAACCGAACGGUCAAGGCUACCGGAGGCAGUCGGAGGAAGUAGGCCUACUAGAGGGAAUUGCGACAACGGUGGUGUUUCACAGUGGGAAAACAGCGAACUGGAAGCGGUGCUUCAUGCAUGCGACAAGAUUUUGCUAACCAAUUUUGAGCGAAGUAAAUUGAUUUCUGCGUGGAUUGCUAACGCAGGUAAAUGUAUCUGUGUUACGAGCUCCGGGGUAUGGAGACUAAAUGGAUAGAUUCAAUGAUCUAUCAAAAAAUACCUUCCAACAAUUUACAAUUUGCAACUUUUUAACAGAAUACGGCUUGUCGACAAUUAUGUUUGCUAUUUUGAAGCAUCUGAAGUUAUGGAAAGUAUCGAUUUUGUCUCAUUUUAUCCCAAUUUUUUUUUUUUUUUGUGGAGCAAAGGCGCUUGAUGAUUGAGAGUUCAUCCGCUUGUAGAUUUCCCUUGGCCUUUUGGCCUCAUCUAACUUUUGGGGCCCACAGCUUGUCCGUAGUCACCGAUACUUAUUAUUCGUUGAUACGCCAGCGUACUUUUUUGACGUCUCAAAGUGCUCUCUCCAGCUGGCAGCUACCACAGUUUUAUCUGUUAGCAAGUUACUGUCUCGGCAGCCAUAGUUCAUACCGGAAGACGGCGCAUUUUUUCUUCUCACAUCAUUUGCAGUUCCUAAAAACUUCUGCAUAUCUUUCCGUUCCAUACUAUUUUGCGCCUUAUAAUGACGUUUUUCCUCAAUCUGCUUCUGAUCAAGCUGAGGAUCCAUAAAUUUGAGACAUCCAUAAUGUUUCUCACAAUAUGUUUUAUCGCAUUCUAACAAUGAGGCAUAGAAAUUUCAUAUUUUUUUCCUGAGUAAGCAGCGAGUGGCUACAUCGCGACAAUCUCCAUGUUUUCAGAAAUACAAUACUCUUGGUAUAAAAAUGGGGCAAAAUUCUUACAUUUCAAAGAUCUUUCAAGGCUUGAAUGUAGCGCCAUCUUUGGUCGCUUAUUCGUACGAAAAUAAACACCAUCGUACGGAAGUCACAGUUUAAAACAAAAUCAUACAAACUGGUGAAAUCCAUUUUAAGACUGCAUGAUCAUCAGCCAGUCCCAAGAACAGUGUUACAUACAACCAUGGCUGACGAUUGAGAAGCAAACCAACGGAAUCUUGAGAAACUACUACAUCCGAGAGCGAGCGUAUAUGAAUUUGUGAUAGAAAACAGACGAUUCUUAACAGUGAAAUUUUAUCUGUUGUAAGAUUGAAAAAGUAGAUCUACGAACAGGAGAAACUGUUCUCUCUCCCAAGGGUGGAACGAAUCAAUCAAAUGAACCCACAAUCGGGAACGAGCAGAGCAAUCUGAUAGGAUAUAACCGGGAUUUAGUAUACUUUUCGUUUUUUAGUUAAUCCAUGUUGGUUGCUGAUGGAGGGCGACGCAGUAUCUAUUAACUAUCACUGGAGAGCUAGAGCAAGCAGUGUUAUAUAGGAGAAAUUUUUGGAAAAAUGGUGAAACGUCCUACCACCCUAUCUCUAUUGUAGAUUUAUACUCUAUUCCGAUUUGAUCGGGAAGAAACUGAGAGGAAAGCACGUGCAGUUGACUAGUAAGCACAACAUAGUGCUGUUCAUAAUGAAUCGUACUGAAAGUAAAUAAUAGAUAUACAAUUAUUUAGGAAAAGUAAACAUGAAAAAUGCAAAAAAAAAUGAAAACUGAAACAGAUGUCUAGACUUGAUGGAGUAAUGGGCAAGUGCGUGUAACAUAAACUAAACCCGAUGGAAUGCUGAUUUCUAACUAAAAGUAAACACUAAACUAUCUAGUUCAUGUAUAGUUGUAUAAGAAGUAGCUAAAACCUAUGAACAUAGCCUCCUAGGAUACGGAACAUAAGAGCAAUUUUAUUUUUAUCGUCUACCCCUCGUAAACUAUGUUCAAAUUACGUUUACAAUCGAACGACUGUGCAAAAUUAGUUGAAUUAAGAGAUAGAGAGAGAGAGCUUUUUUAUUUUAUUUUCUAUUUUUUUCGGAGAAACCCCAAACAGUCAAAUCUAGUGCUUUAAGGUUCGCGAUAUUUUCGUUGCUUAUAUCGGUUGCCGGGAACUGAACCGUUAGUUUUUUAGGAGCCCAAUCCCGUCCUGUAAACAUACACACACACACACAAACACACAUUUCACAUCCGCGAGGAAUAGGCGCACUCGUAUGCACACAAUCUGCCAAUCCAGGUGUUUUCAACGCUAUUACAUUAAGUUACCUUACCGACGACAAGCGCGACGGCAGCAGCAACCCAACCAGACGUUCACCACAUUGAGCAAGUCAUGCAUUUUUUCAUACGACGACAAAUACAUAGCAACCACCAAUACACUCACACAUAACGAAACAAACAUAGGAACAUUACUCGAUUCCAUUUGUAUACACACGGCGCAGCGGCCACUAUGGCCACUAUAGUGAUACCAUCUAAAACAUUUGUAACGUUUGUCAUCGUUUGUAACAUUUGUAACGUUUCUGUCCUAGUUUAUACACAGUGCUUACGUUCCUUCCUUAUUUUUCAUGCUGCACAACAAGUUUUGCGCACAUCGAAAUUAAAAGCUUUUUUUUGUAAAUGAUGUUUGAUUGAGAUAAUUUAGGAUGAAGUCCACAUUUGGCCUCGCAUUUUCUCGAGCACAAAUCUAGAGAUCCGAACCACGGAACGGUCCGAGAAUGCUACUCAAUGUUCACAGCGAGCAAGCAAGCAACUAGUAGCAUAUUGAGAUCAAUGCGAUUGGUGGAUCACAAGAUUUGUGUCUGAUGAAAUUGAUGUGAAUAGAAAGACGGCCGUUGUGGUUUUGUAUCUUGGCUACCUACACAUUUAUUUUAAGGACAAACGUCUUGAGAUCCCGCUUCAACAGUGCAUCAGAACUUUAGACGCACAAAUCUCAAGAAACAUGCUUCUAACAAUAGUGCAUUUCAUUAUUCUGUUCUAAGCUUCAAAUAAGAAGAUCAAGCGCGCUAGUUUUGUUUACAAAAAAAAAAUGUGGGCUCGAAAUCGUGAGUAGAUGCCAAAGUCAGCUAUUGUGGCGGCCAUUUUGGAAUUCUAACAAGUCUGUCCUUAAAGUCGCUUGUUCGGCUCUUCCAUUUUCGGUAAAAUUCAUAUUACCGUGGUACAGUCAGGAGGUCAAUUUUCAAAAAAUCAACAUUACAAAUGCACAAUAAAAUAUAACAUAAUGAAUUCACACUUACGGCACAAAACACAAAUAUGCCCGGUUAUCCUCAAAGGAGUAACUAUUUAGGAUCACAGGAAUACGAGGAGCUUUAGCUUGAUUGACCGUCUGUGGAUGCUACCCCAGUAUCGCCAGACCAGCUACGCUUACACAACGAACCAAUGAGAUAUCUGCCGGGCACUAAAGCUGGCAUCUUCAGUAUGCGACAAUGGCGCCUGCCACGUUAGAUUGCAGGUCAAUGUGGGAAAGGGGAAGGCAGUGAUGAUUGCAAUCCACAUCAGACCGAAUAUACCUCUGCGUCUGCCCAAAUUCAUGCGGAUGUCGGAAGUGUUGGUGGGAUAUUGUUGGCAAUGAGUUCACUCAUUGGUGCGUGGAUGAGAGGCGUAAGGUGAUAAAUUAGUGUAUUUAUUACUCUGAAGAUAUUACGGCACAGUAAGCUUGAUUGCAUAAGUCGUAGACGGUAUAUGAAAGAUUGACACUGUGCUAGGGAAGCUGGAACCCGAAAAAGAUACAAAGUAGGAGGAAAUAGACGGACCAGGGGUUGAACCCAGGACCUUCUGCAUACGAAUCAGAAGCGGUAGCCACUAGACCACCAAGCCCGGUAUUUAAGAUCACCGGAUGACGAGGUUUCAUUUAUUGGAUUUGGUCCAUCUGUCAAUCCUGGAAUAGUGUUUUGUUUGACUGAUUGUAUUCUUGUUAACAGUAUUUGUUCUGUAUUCAUAGCUUGAUUUUGUCUAGCAAGACUAAUUCUAAUCGGGCCACCCCGAGUCGGGUUUGAAUGCGAGACGGCUGUAUUUUGAUGUCCGUGCUAGGGACCGGUUUGCUUGUCUUGCAGUUAUUUAUCGCCAGCAAUGCCCUAAAAGUAUGCAACCACCCCGGUUGCUAGAGCCGUAUUCCUCCUGAACGAUAGAAGAGCCCUUUAAAUGCGAAUUAAAACUAGGAAAAUAUACGCAAGUUAAGAUGAAAUAAACAACAGAUAUAUAAAAGUGGUAACCUGAUUUGGGAAGUUUGGCUGGAAAAGUCUGGAUCGUGUGGAAAACCUUAAAAAUUCCGGAGCAAAACCUUACAAAUUCCAGAAAACAAAUGUCUGGAUCCUCCAGAUAUUUGUAAAAUGAGACCUCCUCUGGAAUUCCAGAUAAAUCUGGAAGGUUGGCAACGCUGAGUACAGCACGGUUUUACCGAAAGUUCGGUAAUGCUUACGACCGGCGAUGCUUCGGUAGUUUUCCGAACGUUCGGUAAUUUUUUACCGAAUUUCUGUAAUGUUCUGCUGAACAUUCGGUAAUCUGAUUUUUUUACCGCAAAUAGAACAACUGAAGAAAGAUGGAACAUUUUGUGCUUAGCAGCUUGCUGAAGCUUUCUAAGCAUACUUUUUCAGAUAGUUUCUGAACUAUAAAAUUAACUUAAAGAAUCCGUAAGAUUACCAAAUAGCGUGCUAUGAGGCAAAUUCUGUGGAUGUUUUCCCAAAGACAUUCCAGCAAUCUUGAUGUUUGCUCGUCUGGAAGCAUCUCUGAACUUCUUUCAUAUUACCGUAAUCCGGGAUAACAUUUAUCAGAAUUUUCGAUCUUUCAAGAAUAAUUCUCUUGUUAAAGCAAAUGUUACAUGUUCUAUGUGUUUAAAACAAGCACUGGCCCUCUGAGUAUGUGUUAAGCUACUCAAAAACAGAUUGUAAAACUUUAAAACUUAUUUAAAUAGCCUUUUUAAUCUGUUUUUUUAUUUUGUUGAUUUGAAGUAACAUUGAUCCUGUCAGUGAUCAAUGUUCGUUUGUGUUGAAAGUACCCUCACUUACUAAAUUCGGGGUAGCUGAUUUCGAAUAUGUUGUCCAAAUUCUUACAAGUUAUGUACUUUUUAAGUAAUUUUAGGUAACGAGCCUGGAUAAAACAAAGAGGAGAAACGUCAAAAUUAGAACAGUCGAUUUAGUGUCAUCCCCAUAGUUCCAAUCGAGCAGGAGACCUGUCAAAACGACAAGGAUUCGCCACUUUGGUAUACUCGACACACUUUAAUUUUAGGAUUAAAAUCCUCUAAACCACAAAUAACGCCUAAAGGUAGGCAAUGGCUAUGGAAUUGAUUGCCUACUUUUAAUAAAUUGUAUAUUUUAUUGAAAAAGAUGAUUUGCAUAAAAGUUUUGUACAUUAAAUCCAACUCUAGGAUAUCAUAUUGAAGUAAUACAGUGAUUUCGAAGCUCACAUAGUAUCUAGUAUUGAUGCCAAGCAUGAAUGUUUAACAAUGUACAGUAGACGUUCGGUCGGUGCAAACGGUUUAACUGCAAUGCUUUUUAACUGCAAGUCCGGUAAGUGCAACAAAUUUGCAGUUAUCGCACCGCCAAACGUCAAAAUGGUGCGCCAUGUUAGCCCUAAUGAACAGUCGAAUGAAUUUUUCGUUCAUUUUACGUCAAUUGAUGGCUUGUUGACACUGUCAGGCGUUGUAGUUAUCGGAUUUUCGUUCGCUAAGUGAAACGUAAACAUGUUGCAGUUAUCGAACGUCUACUGUAUUUCAUUGCGGUACGAAAGACAGUUAUGGAAAAAUCGAUUUAUUUCAAUGUUUAUGAAAUUCAAUUUUCAUGAAUUGCAUGUCAUUUAAUAGCUGAAUGACAGCAGAUUACGAUAUACCAUUCGAUAGCAGAAACUGAUUCUAUGUAAAAUGCUUGUUUGAACAUUUCAUGAGGUCGAUCAAGCCGAUUAAUGUUACCCCGCUGAUCAAUGAUACCCCGUGUUACGGUACUUAUACACACGAUUCUCCUAGGAAGAAUUGAACCAGGUCCUCCUGCGUGAAAACCUGUUGGCGUCCCACUGCGCCACUGACACUUGACAAGGCUAAGUUAAUUUCACUCCUUAAUAAGUGUACAAACCUAGCCGAGAGCUUAGCUGCCGUCGCAUCAGAUGAAUCAUUCAAGUUAGAUUUUAUCCGCAGUGCAGUUCAUCGUAGGUAAGUGUGAAGCUUUGGUAAAAUGUAGGGCUCACACGCAGUAGUUACUGGUUCGAAUCCGGUGAGUCCGAAGUUGAGACCAACAAUGAUUUCGAUUGCUAGUUUUUAAAAUCUGAACCAAACAUCAUUUAACAAAAAAAAUAUUAUUUUGAUUUGUAAUAAAGUGAAAACAAUCUAAUUUACAGCAGCAUUUCAAAAAUUCAUUUCCGAACAGUCUAAUUCCUUGUGUAAUGAUAAAUAAAAAUAGCUUCCAAAUCAAAUUCAAUUCCCGAUCUAUGAAAUAAAUCGAACGUCAAUCAUCGUUUGCCCGUAUCGCAAUGCGAAGCAGGUGAAAAUAUCAGUACAUAACUGUAAUUCCUAAACAAACGCACGUGUUUCUGUAAUGAAUAUACUGUCGAUAACACAACUACCAUUCUGUAAAUAUCAGGACAGCUAAACGGAAUUAAAAAUUGAACAAAAUAACAAAAAAGGACAUACACACAUGUUAACUUAAAAAUUCCAAGUUAAAACCUAUCACAUAAAAAAAAUCCCAAACGAACAAAAACAAAACGAUAUGUAUCGAAAUUUUAAGAUCUCAUUUUAGAAUGCCACAAACAGAGAAAAAAAAAGUUAAUGCAACAAAACAAAACAAAACCCCUUACCGACAAAGAACUAAAUUUUAUUUUUAGCAAAGAUACGAGCGAGAGAAAACUGAAACAAAACGAAAAAUUCUGGACGGCCCAGGUGCAGAAGGAAACAAAAUGGCGGAUGCCGGUUAUUUUUUUCAUAUUGAGAAUACUAUACUAUUUAGGGGACGGUGUAAGUGAACAAACAAAAAAAAAACAGGAGACUAAACCAAAUUGUGUAAGAAAAUUCGAGCCCAGCAGCGAGGGGGUCACGCGUCAAAAUUGCCAUGAAUGUUUUAUUUUCGAUUAUAGUUUUGUUUUUAUAUGAGGAAAUUUGUAUCAAAAUUUUACGUAAGAAGUUCGCCUUAUUUUUCGGUAUUUUUUUUCGUGUCAGACUAACAAAACCGGAAAGUCGUCGAAUUCGUAUUGAGAGAACUCUGUUGUACAGCGCUGUCUAUUUCAGCAAAGAAAAAAUAUUGUAGCAAUGUUGAAAGAUCCACGGUUCUGUCUGUCUCUGUUGUAAAGAUAACGGAUCGAACUUUGGGAUACUGAAUUUCUGGCAUCUGUGUAUAUUAACUCUCGUCGUUGCAAGAGCAUAUGAAAGUUAAAAAUGCUAUGCUGAAAUGCACACAAGGCAAAUGUAAAUCACUGAUGAUAAUUAUUAUGACUUUUACUGCCAUAUUUAAAAUGUAAUGAUUUAACCGAGCGAGUGCGACUGUUUGGCCAACAGUAGAAUAUAGAACCAGAAACUGUGUAUAGUGCUUGUAGUAGUUGUGAGAUAAAGAAGCGCGUUGUGGAAUGCACGAGAAGUAUAAACACAAUCUUAACUGUAUUUUUAAUUGGUUUUACAUUUUAGUUUGAUUUUUGUAGCACACAAACAAACAACACGCAGUCUUAUCAACAAACACAGAGACGAAAUCAAGUGUAUCAUUAUACUACGCUAGAACAAAAAAAAAAUACCCAAACACACACAGACACUCAUACGCGUAAUAAUAUAUGUUAGUGACUAUGUGCAUGGGAAAAAGAGACAGAUGCAGGAUGUUGUGUAUUUGUAUAAAAAAGUGGAAAUAAUCUAACUCAGCAUCAGCAAAAGCAGCAGUUUGAAGAAAAGAACGAAAACGACAACAGAAGCAUUCAAAACAAAACAAAAAAUGUAAAGCUACGUUAGAAAAAAAGUGGGGGAAAUGCAUAGAAAACAACAAAAAUAAAAUAGAACUAUACCGAGUAUAUAACAAAAUAUAAUAUGAAUUUAUUAUUAUUUUUUAAAACUGAUAUGAAAUAGGUGAAAUAAAAGGCAUAAAAUAUUACAA